AUGAUUGGUGGUGGAUAUUUGAUUCUAGGGUUUUCUAUCUGGGGAUUUUAUUAGAUCUAAAGCGUGUAGGGAUGGUUCGUGAUAAUAAUCCUGGAGGUUCCUCAAGGCCAUACCGUAGUUUCCCCACCAGAUUAUAUGAAAUGGUUAAUGAUCCUUUAACGGAUUCAGUGAUCUCGUGGAGCGAGAGCGGCAAGAGUUUCAUCGUAUGGAAUCAAUCUGAGCUUUGCAGUGAUGUUCUUCCCAAAUUCUCGUUAGGCAAGUUGUUUUCAAAUUUCACCUUCAAGCUUGACACCUUUGGGUUUAGAAAAGUUGAGUCUGAUCAAUGGGAAUAUGCAAACGAUGAUUUUGAGAGAGGUAAACCUGAGCUUACGGAGGAGAUACAGAAGCGCUUCUUGGCUAGUCUAUCCCCUGAAGCUUUUGUGUUUAAGAGAUCAGCAGAAGAUGCGAGAGUCAUAGAGAGAACCAGAGCUUUACGAAUGGCUAUGAAGGAGAGAGCUUUAGCUAAAAAUCUUUCUAACCUCACUUUAUGAAUUCGUCACUCUUCUUCUUCUUUCAUCUCUUAUCAUUUUGUAUCAAUGACAACCCCUUACUGGCUUUGUGAGAGAUAAUGAAAUUUGGCUUUCAGU